CUUUACCAUGGACAUUACCAGGCGAGCUGCAGACUGUCGGUCUGAUCUGACGGGAGGCAUAUGGCGUUUUUAGUGAGUUAACGCUAUCUCAACACGGUUUAUAGUUUUAUUGUCAUCAUAUAGGCUAUUUAUUAUCAUACUAUUAUUAUUAUUAUCAUUAUUAUUAUUAUUAUUAUUGUAGCUCGGUUUAGCCCCGGGCUACCUAAGGAGGCACCCUGGAAGAACCCAGAGAACCGCGGAUAUCUACGCGGCAUGGAUGCUUCGUAACCAGCGGCAGGUGUGAAGAGAUGCCAGGGGAGCCACCUUCGGGACCUGGCCAGGUGGUGCUAGUCAAGAAGAUCAUCAUGAAGGAGGGAGAUGCGGUGGAGCUUGUCAGUGCUGGUUAUGCUGCGUGCCAUUGUACUCGGAAAUUGGGAACUUCCGACAAGGAAAGAUGCAAAGAAAUGGGUAUCGGCAGGCCCAAUGUGUAUCAUGCGGUGGUGGUGAUCUUCCUGGAGUUUUUCGCCUGGGGAUUACUUACAACGCCCAUGCUCACUGUUUUACAUGAAACAUUUCCCCAGCACACAUUCCUGAUGAACGGCCUAAUUCAGGGCGUGAAGGGUCUGCUGUCAUUUAUGUCCGCUCCUCUGAUUGGUGCCUUGUCGGACGUGUGGGGCAGGCGGACCUUCCUGUUGGUCACCGUCUUCUUCACCUGCGCUCCGAUCCCUCUGAUGAGGCUCAGCCCAUGGUGGUACUUCGCCAUGAUCUCCAUGUCUGGAGCAUUCUCUGUCACCUUCUCAGUCAUCUUCGCUUACGUUGCUGAUGUGACGGAUGAAAGAGAGAGGAGUACAGCCUACGGUCUGGUAUCGGCUACUUUUGCAGCCAGCCUGGUAACAAGUCCAGCCAUAGGAGCAUAUCUGUCAGCAUGGUACGGAGACAACCUGGUGGUUCUGGUGGCAACACUGAUUGCUCUGGCUGACAUCUGCUUCAUCCUACUGGCUGUGCCCGAGUCUCUGCCGGACAAGAUGAGGCUCAACACCUGGGGGGCGCCCAUAUCCUGGGAGCAGGCUGACCCCUUCACUUCUCUGCGGAAGGUGGGUCAGGACCCAGCAGUCUUACUGAUCUGCAUCACUGUGUUCCUGUCUUACCUGCCGGAGGCCGGACAGUACUCCAGCUUUUUCCUCUACCUGAGACAGGUGAUAAAUUUCUCCUCCACAACCAUCGCUGUUUUUAUUGGAGUGGUGGGCAUUUUGUCCAUCAUAGCACAGACUCUCUUGCUCACACUGCUGAUGAGGACUCUGGGUAAUAAGAACACUGUCCUGUUGGGUUUGGGCUUCCAGAUCCUUCAGCUGGCCUGGUACGGCUUCGGAUCAGAGCCAUGGAUGAUGUGGGCAGCUGGUGCUGUAGCAGCGAUGUCCUCCAUUACCUUCCCAGCUGUCUCUGCUCUGGUGUCACAGUCUGCUGAUCCUGAUAAACAAGGUGUGGUCCAGGGGAUGAUCACAGGAAUCAGAGGUCUGUGUAAUGGUCUGGGUCCAGCUCUGUACGGAUUCAUCUUCUUCCUCUUCAACGUCGAGCUCAACACCAUGGACCCUAUCCAGGGAGAAUUCAACAUCGACCCCCUGCCUCUGCAGAGUCCCACUGAGCGCGGCCUCAUCCCUGGCCCGCCCUUCCUGUUGGGGGCAUGCAGUGUGGUCGUCGCCUUCCUCGUCGCUCUCUUUAUCCCUGAGAAACCUUCCUGCUCCUCCUCUCCCUCCCAGCUGUCCCUCAGCGACAAGCCCCAUCUGGAUAGAAAGGAGACAAUGUCCUCGCUGGCUGGUGUCCACAUCAACACACCCCUCCCGGGCAGCGACGAGGAGACCCCUCCCACCGCCAGCAACGAGGACUUUGAGCCACUGUUGCAGGACAGUAUCGUUUGAUGGACAGGUGGACCAACCACAGAGGGUGGGGCUUACAUAAUGGUUUGAUUGAUUGGCAUUUUGUAACAAAGAUAAAGACUAUUUCUUUGCUGCAGGAAAGAACUAAGUGUAUUUUUUGUCAGAAGAUUGCGACAGCAACAAGCUCAAAUAGCAUUGUUUCCUUGUCUACCAGGAGCAGAAGCAGUAACAUAUUGUGAGUUACAAAUAUGAAUGUUUCUUUCACAAGGAUGCAGGAGCAAAGACCUGGAAUAAGAUGUCAUCGUGAUUUGACAGAAGAGACCAAGAUGAUUAUUUGACUGCCAGAAUGACGGUGGGGCCAACAGGCACAACACCGUUUGAAGGGAAACCAUCGUUUGAUUGACAAGAGGAGGGACUAACUGUGUUUUUUUAUGGAAUGGGUGUGUCCAGGUUUGGGAUGCGCCCACAUAAAAUCACCUGAAGGGAAAGGGUGAAGGGUAUUUUUGAAGUUUUUAAUGGAAGGAUUAUAGUUUAUCUUUAAGCUUGACAUUUUUGAUUGAUUUUGUGAUAAACAAGAUAAGGUGUUUUUACCUUCACCUGUAUUGUUUUGGAACUGUAUUUUGAUGCUGUUCUUUUUUCUUAUUGGUUAUUGUACAAAUGAAACUCAUCUGCAACAUAUUUACAGCAGGCAAAACAUCAGUGUUGAAAAAUGUGUAGAAGUUUUUCUUUUUUUGGCAGAGUUAAGUGAUCUUUUUAUUUCUUUUAAGUGUACAGUAUCUUACCUGCUAUGAGCUAUCGAUCGCUUACAAGGAAUGAAUGUGACAAGCUGAGUGAUGAGUCAGCCACCUGAAAUCCAUUAUGUCAAAAUAUGAUUCACUAUCAGUAGUUAUUUUCAAAGCCAAUAUAAAAAUAUAACAAUACCCCUCACUGGAUAGUUUCUACUCGUAAUUCACAAAUUAUUGUCCCCGUUUGUCAUUCUACCUCAGAUCAGCGUGUUUUUAAAUCACACUCAUCCUGCAUUCUCUCAACUUCUAUAACGUUUAUUUUAUUUUAUAUCAAAGUCACUUUAUGAAUGCUGCUGGCAGUGGGAAAACCUCAGAGCUGCAACUUUAGCUUUAGAGGUCCAAGCUUCAACAAUGUUGAAAUCAUAUUUUGUUAUGGUAACUACAACUUUAUAUUGCUCGUAUUGCUCUCAUUUAAAUUGUUUAAUUUCAGUUAAAAAUGGUUUGCCAGCCCAACCUGUCCAAUGUACAAAUGUUAAAUUUGCAAGUUAGAUGCUAGAAAAAACACAAUAGAUGUACAUUCUCAGAUUUAGUGCCAACAGUUGCCAUGUAUCCAUUCAUGUAUUUUUAUGCACAUUCUGAAGUAUUGCAUUAGAAAUGCUGUAUGUAAUUGACAAAAUUCAAUAAAACUUCCUCAUUUGUGCAAAAAUG